AUGUCGGAUACUCGCCAGGUCGUGGGCACGGCCGAUCUCAACCUGAUCGAGGCGCCUGUCACCCUGAGUGCCUAUCUGAUCUGUGGCUUUGCCAGCUUUGGAGGCAUUCUCAACGGUUAUGACUCUGGCUACAUCUCUGGAGUCCUGGGCAUGGAUUAUGUCAAGGAACACUUUGGACAUUCUCGUAGCCCCACCAAAGAAGAUCCAUCCGAAUUCAUCAUUCCCAGCUCCCGCAAGUCCCUCAUCACUUCCAUUCUCUCAGCUGGUACUUUCUUCGGUUCCCUUCUCGGAGGUGUGCUCUCUGAGCGCUUUGGUCGUCGUAUCACCAUCAUGAUCUCCUGUCUGAUCUUCUCCAUCGGUGUCGCUGUCCAGGUUGCAACUGUCAACGUCGCUGGUCUUGUUGCAGGUCGUCUGAUUGCUGGUCUCGGCGUAGGAGGUGUCUCCUCUACUGUCAUUUUGUAUGUCUCUGAGAUCUCUCCUCGCAAGGUUCGCGGUCUACUCGUUUUCGGUUAUCAAUGGGCUAUCACUAUCGGUUUGCUCCUCGCCUCUGGUGUUGCUCAAGGCUGUAAGAACAUUGAUGGCCGCUCGUCUUACCGUAUUCCCAUCGGAUUGCAGUUCAUCUGGGCUGUGAUUUUGGCUGGUGGACUCUUCCUCCUUCCUGAAUCCCCUCGGUACUAUGUCAAAUGCGGCCUCACAGAGGAUGCUUUGCGCUCGCUGGAGCGAGUCCGUGGGCAGCCUCGAACCCACAAUGCCAUCCAAGCAGAGCUUGCUGAGAUUCAGGCAAACUAUGAAUAUGAAAAGCAAAUCGCAAGCACUUCCUGGGGUGAUUGUUUCAAGGGUGGCUUUGCUCCGCGUGGAAACCUCCGCCGUGUCAUCAUGGGUACUGGCUUGCAGAUGUUCCAACAGUGGACUGGAAUCAACUUCAUCUUCUACUAUGGCACCACGUUCUUCCAGGAGGUCGGUCUGAAAAAUCCCUUCUUGAUGUCAACCAUUAUGAACGUCGUCAACGUUGUCACAACUCCUGCAUCUUUCUACAUGAUAGAGAAACUGGGUCGCCGUCCAUUGCUUAUCUACGGCGCCGCAGUCAUGAUUUUCUGCGAGUUCAUCGUUGCGAUUGUAGGCGUUACCAAAGAAGGGACCCACGCAGCGAGCGUUUGUCUCAUUGUCUUCACCUGCUUUUACAUCGCAACCUUCGCUAUGACUUGGGGUCCAGGUGCCUGGGUGGUCGUUGGCGAGAUCUAUCCGCUGCCGAUCCGAGCUAAAGGUGUUGCUCUUGCAACUGCCUCCAACUGGAUCUGGAACUGCGUCAUUGCGGUCAUCACUCCCUACAUGGUUGACGAAUCGGAAGGUAAUCUGAAAGUUAAAGUCUUCUUUAUCUGGGGCAGUGCGCUUGUCCUUUGUCUCUUAUUCGCCUUUUUCAUCAUCCCCGAGACCAAAGGUCUGAGUCUGGAACAGGUUGACAAGAUGCUCGAGGAGACCACCCCCAUGACCAGCGCUAAGUGGGUGCCCCACGAGACCUUCGCGCACGAAAUGGGCAUGCUCGACAAGGUCGAGCCUAGCAUUAGCCACUACGAGCAAAAGGCCACUGUGACGGAACACGAUGCUAUCUAG